GCGAAAUUUGAAUCUAUUAUAAACAUCAUACGUAAAGUCCGAAUUUUGUCAAACAAAAUGUUCCAUAAGUUACAAACUGCUGCAAUAUGUUCCAGACAUUUCGCCACGUCUUGCAGCAACAGCGGCAAAUCUGUUGCACGCCGUCAAAUCAGCAAGUUGUUGAUAGCUAACCGCGGAGAAAUUGCAUGUCGAGUGAUGCGAACAGCAAACCGGCUCGGUAUAAGAACGGUGGCUGUAUUCUCAGACGCUGAUGAAAAGUCUUUACAUGUCAAGCAGGCUUGUGAAGCUUACAACAUUGGUCCCGCAGCUUCCCAGCAAUCGUACCUACGAGGCGAUAAAAUUCUAGAAGUUGCCAAAAGGGCAGGAUGCCAAGCAAUUCAUCCUGGGUACGGGUUUUUAUCAGAAAAUGUGGAGUUUGCUGAACUUUGUCAACGGGAGGGCGUAACGUUUAUCGGACCACCAGCAAGCGCCAUACGAGACAUGGGUAUAAAGAGCACAUCCAAGCACAUAAUGUCCGCAGCCGGGGUGCCUAUCAUCAACGGGUACCACGGAGAGGAUCAAUCCGAUCAACGGUUAAUGAGCGAGGCACAAAAAAUCGGAUUUCCGCUGAUGAUAAAAGCGGUUCGUGGGGGUGGAGGCAAAGGUAUGCGUAUUGCUGAAACUGAAAGCGAUUUUAUGCCAAUGCUCCAAUCUGCUCGAACUGAAUCGGAGAAAGCAUUCGGCGAUUCGGCAAUGUUGUUAGAACGUUACGUACGGUCGCCUCGUCAUGUUGAAGUUCAGGUGUUUGCCGAUCACUACGGAAAUGCGGUGUAUCUAUACGAGCGAGAUUGUUCUGUACAAAGGAGGCAUCAAAAGAUAAUCGAAGAAGCGCCGGCGCCUGGUCUAUCGGAGGAUUUGCGAAAACAACUGGGAGAGGCAGCGGUGCGGGCAGCUAAAGCAGUAAAUUACGUCGGUGCCGGUACAGUGGAAUUCAUAUUGGACAAGGAAGAUUUGUCCUUCCACUUUAUGGAAAUGAACACCAGGCUUCAAGUGGAGCAUCCUAUCACGGAAAUGAUCACCGGAACGGAUUUAGUUGAAUGGCAGAUAAAGGUAGCCUCAGGGGAGCCCCUGCCGGUGACGCAGAAAGAUGUUGUUAAACGUGGACAUGCGUUCGAAGCUCGUAUCUAUGCUGAAGAUCCAGCAGGUGGUUUUCUACCAGGUGCGGGUCCACUAGAGUAUUUGUCGACGCCAGAACCGACCAAUACCACGCGUGUUGAGACCGGAGUGCGUCAGGGUGACGAGGUGUCGAUUCACUACGAUCCCAUGAUUGCAAAACUGGUAGUCUGGGGUGAAAACCGCGCAAGCAGUUUGCAGUUGUUAAUCGAGCAAUUGACUAACUAUCAAAUUGCUGGGUUGCAAACCAAUAUAAACUUCCUAAUCGAUCUCGCACGCCAUGACCACUUUCAAUCGGCAGACGUUCAUACAGGUUUUAUAGAGCAACAUAUGUCCACACUGUUUCCUAAAAAGAUAGUUUCUUCAACAAAGGUAGCUCAAAUGGCAAUAGCUCACAUACUGAAUGAACGCACUCAGUCUGGUGCUGGCUUAGGAGUAAAAACAUGCAGCCCGUUUGAUGCGGAGUACAACUUCCGACCGAACUAUAAUUUAACUCGAUCUCUCAAAUUAAAACUGGGAGAAACAGAGUACACCGUAGAGAUAAGUGGAACUUCUGAUAAUUUAUUGGUUCGUGUAAAUGGUGCCGAAUGGAUGCAGGCAUCAGUACGUCGUAAACCAUAUACAGAUCGCUUUCAGCUUGAAACCAACCUCGAUGGGCAUGUUUCCACUUUUAAUGCUGUGAUUUCAGGGAAGAAUGUGACUCUUUUCGAUGAGAACGGUAUGCUUGGCGGCGAAAUAGCUCAACCCAAUUUUCUGGGCACCGAGAGUUCCAUGGGCGGUUUGGAUGCUUCGAGUGUGACUGCUCCAAUGCCCGGCGUGCUGGAUAAACUGCUCGUGAAGCCUGGAGACAACGUAAAAGCAGGUACUCCUGUUGCUGUUUUAAUUGCUAUGAAAAUGGAGCACGUCCUAAAGGCUGCCAAGGAUGGUGUUGUUAAGGCUAUUCCAAAUGCGGAAGGAGCCAGUGUACGCAAGGGUGCAGUUCUGAUUUCAUUCGAAUGACUUCGGAGUACAGUAAAGAGCAAAUGUUUUGAACAGAGUGACACAAAGUGCAUUUAUUAGCUGGUAAAUAGUUUCUAGGUGUUUUAAAACAUGAAAAAUGAUAAAAGACAUUAAGCGGAAAUGCGUUUAACGCUAUGCUGAUGGUUAAAAUCUUCCGAUUGAAUUCAAUACAUUCGCACCAUUAAUCAAUACUGAAACAAGGGCAUUUAUUACCGUAUAUAAUACAGGUAAAACAUUCGAAAAAAGUUGU